CAGGGGGUGUGACAGCUCCCGCCCGGACCAGUGCCAGCUGCAGCCUCGCUUCAGAGCCCGGUGCCAGCUGGCUCUUUCGUCUGGGACGGAGGGGAGGCUCGGGGCGCCUUGUGGCUUGGGAGGGGGACGCCCCCAACCCCCCCAGCUCUCCCCUCACCCAAGAGGAGCCUCUGCAUCCAGCCUGGCUCUGGCUGCCCUGGCAGCGGGUCCAGUUGGGAAUUGGCCUGUUCAUUUAGCCUGAGACUUGCAGCCCAGAAGCAGACGGGGGCUUGCUGGGGGGAAGGGAGUCCCCCCCACCCCCAGCCUUUUGCUAGAGCCUGCUCGGCUGUGCAAGCUGGAGAAGGAACAUGAAGGUGGGCUGGCCAGGUGAGAGCCGCUGGCAGGUGGGCCUGGCUGUGGAGGACGGCUCAGCUCUGGGAGCACCGCCGGUGGGAGGCCUUCCGGACGUGGUGCCAGAGGGGACUCUGCUCAACAUGGUCCUGAGGAGGAUGCACCUGCCCCGAAGCUGCUCCUACCAGCUGCUGCUUGAGCACCAGCGUCCCAGCCGCAUCCAGGGGCUUCGCUGGACGCCGCUCACCAGCAGCGAGGAGUCCCUGGAUUUCAGCGUGAGCCUGGAGCAGGCCUCCACGGAGCGGGUGCUCAGGGCUGGGAAGCAGCUGCAUCGACAUCUCCUGGCCAACUGCCCCAACCUCAUCCGCGACCGGAAGUACCACCUCAGGCUCCACCGGCAGUGCUGCUCAGGCCGGGAGCUGGUGGAUGGGAUCUUGGCCCUGGGGCUGGGGGUCCAUUCCCGGAGCCAAGCCGUGGGAAUCUGCCAGGUGCUGCUGGAUGAAGGUGCCCUGUGUCAUGUGAAACACGACUGGGCCUUCCAGGACCGAGAUACCCAAUUCUACCGUUUCCCCGGGCCGGAGCCAGAGCCCGCGGGCACCCAUGAGCUGGAGGAGGAGUUGGUCGAGGCUCUGGCCCUGCUCUCCCAGCGGGGGCCUGAUGCCCUGCUCACCGUGGCACUUCGAAAGCCCCCAGGUCAGCGCACAGAUGAGGAGCUGGACCUCAUCUUUGAGGAGCUGCUGCACAUCAAGGCCGUGGCCCACCUCUCCAACUCGGUGAAGCGGGAAUUAGCCGCAGUUCUGCUCUUUGAACCGCACAGCAAGGCAGGGACCGUGUUGUUCAGCCAAGGGGACAAGGGCACCUCGUGGUACAUUAUCUGGAAGGGAUCUGUCAAUGUGGUGACCCAUGGCAAGGGGCUGGUGACCACACUGCACGAGGGAGAUGACUUUGGACAGCUGGCUCUGGUGAAUGACGCACCCCGGGCAGCCACCAUCAUCCUGCGAGAAGACAACUGUCAUUUUCUCCGCGUGGACAAGCAGGACUUCAACCGUAUCAUCAAGGAUGUGGAAGCAAAGACCAUGAGGCUGGAAGAACAUGGCAAAGUGGUGCUGGUGCUAGAGAGAAACUCUCAGGGUGCUGGCCCUUCUCGUCCCCCAACCCCAGGCAGGAACCGGUAUACGGUGAUGUCUGGCACCCCAGAGAAGAUCUUAGAACUGCUACUGGAGGCCAUGCGGCCUGAUUCCAGUGCUCAUGAUCCAACAGAGACAUUCCUCAGCGACUUCCUCCUGACCCACACCGUCUUCAUGCCCAGCACUCAGCUCUGCGCUGCCCUCCUGCACCACUUCCACGCGGAGCCCGCGGGAGGCAAUGAGCAGGAGUGCAGCACCUAUGUCUGCAACAAGAGGCAGCAGAUCCUGCGGCUGGUCAGCCAGUGGGUGGCCCUGUACGGCCCCAUGCUCCACACUGACCCUGUGGCCACCAGCUUUCUCCAGAAACUGUCAGAGCUGGUGAGCAGGGACGCCCGGCUUAGCAACCUGCUGCGGGAGCAGUGGCCCGAGAGGCGGCGACACCACAGGUUGGAAAACGGCUGUGGGAACGCAUCUCCUCAGAUGAAGGCCCGGAACAUGCCUGUUUGGCUCCCCAGCCAGGACGAACCCCUCCCCAGCAGCAACUGUGCCAUUCGCGUUGGGGACAAAGUCCCCUAUGACAUCUGCCGGCCAGACCACUCGGUGUUGACCCUGCAGCUGCCUGUGACGGCCUCGGUGAGAGAGGUGAUGGCGGCGUUGGCCCAGGAGGAUGGCUGGACCAAGGGACAGGUGCUGGUGAAGGUCAACUCUGCAGGUGAUGCCAUUGGCCUGCAGCCAGAUGCCCGUGGUGUGGCCACAUCCCUGGGGCUCAACGAGCGGCUCUUUGUUGUCAACCCACAGGAAGUGCACAAGCUGACCCCACACCCUGAGCAGCUGGGGCCCACUGUGGGCUCUGCUGAGGGGCUGGACCUGGUGAGCACCAAGGACCUGGCGGGCCAGCUGACGGACCACGACUGGAACCUCUUCAACAGCAUCCACCAGGUGGAGCUGAUCCACUACGUGCUGGGCCCCCAGCACCUGCGGGACGUCACCACUGCCAACCUGGAACGCUUCAUGCGCCGCUUCAAUGAGCUGCAGUACUGGGUGGCCACGGAGCUGUGUCUCUGCCCUGUGCCAGGCCUGCGGGCCCAGCUGCUCAGGAAGUUCAUCAAGCUGGCGGCCCACCUCAAGGAGCAAAAGAAUCUCAAUUCCUUCUUUGCCAUCAUGUUUGGCCUCAGCAACUCGGCCAUCAGCCGCCUGGCCCAUACCUGGGAGCGGCUGCCCCACAAGGUCCGGAAGCUGUACUCGGCCCUGGAGAGGCUGCUGGACCCCUCAUGGAACCACCGAGUGUACCGACUGGCCCUCACCAAGCUGUCCCCUCCUGUCAUCCCCUUCAUGCCCCUUCUUCUCAAAGACAUGACCUUCAUCCAUGAGGGAAACCACACCCUGGUGGAGAAUCUCAUCAACUUUGAGAAGAUGAGAAUGAUGGCCAGAGCCGCGCGGAUGCUGCACCACUGCCGAAGCCACAGCAAUGUGCCUCUGUCACCACUCAGAAGCCGAGUCUCCCACCUGCACGAGGACAGCCAGGCGACGAGGAUUUCCACGUGCUCGGAGCAGUCCCUGAUCACCCGGAGUCCAGGCAGCACCUGGGCUUCCAUCCAGCAGCUGAAGGUCAUCGACAACCAGCGGGAACUGUCCCGCCUGUCCCGGGAGCUGGAGCCGUGAGGAGGGGCCGGGCUGGAGCAGGCACUUGCCGCCAGGAAAGCCAAGGCGUGCCGGGCCGGGAGGCCCCCAGGCUGGCCAAGCCGGGCAGGGCGGUCCGCGGAGAGGACUUGAGGCCCUGGAGUGGGUGGCGUGGAGGCAGCUGUCCCCCGUGAUGACUGGUGGCCAAGGAGGACCUCGGAAUGGAAGGAGCCGGGGCCCAAGGCCAAGGAAUGGGAGACAGAGGAGCCCUGGAGUGGGUGGGAGAGUGGGGCGCUCUCUCUGCAUUCAAUAGAGAGCUCUCCACAGCAGGCUUUUUCCAGA